AUGGCUGGUUCACCAGGAACAAACGCCCUUCCUGUCAUCAGGAACAACCCCCUCAUGCCUCCCGCAAAGCAGGAGCGUAUCCAUAUCUGGCGCACAGAGGUCGCCUCCGCCCUCUCGCUCCCCACGGCCCCGUCCCUCUCCUCAUCUCUCUCCUCGUCCUCGGCCGCCACCCCGGAUCCCGACCCGGACACCUCCUUUGGCCUGUCUCCUCCGUCCCCAGCCACUUCACGGUCCCGCAGCCUGUGGAAGCGCAUCAGCUGGCGGUUCGGUCCCAAGAGACGCGCUGCUGCGAAUGCGGCGGCGGCGGCCGCAGAACUACCUGAAGGCCGCACGGCUAUGUACCGUGGGCUUGAGACUAGGGGACCAAGGGGACACGACGAUAUGGAAGAGGGAGGCAUUCUGGAGAGAGAUAGCGAAGGAGCCAACGGCUUGAGGGAGAAGCAAGAGAGGUUAAUGCGGGCUGCGAGGUUACUGGGCCACGGUCCCGAGAGGAACUGA